AUGUUCGGCGAUAAUCGCUCACUUCUCAAUAAUCACUUGGUAAUAUUCGGAUGCAUGUACGUAAUCAAUGCUGACACCCUUCUCUUGGCUGAUGGCCCGGAUAAAAGAGGUUGCAUGACUAUAUCUGAAUCAACUCCCGAGCAGCUCCCUUCCCUCCCCUCUGAUCUGACGCCCCAGUGGUUCAGUGCGAAACUUGGACAUAAGAUCAAAUCAGUAGAGAAUACACGCAACAUCUGGGGAACCGCGAAUCAAGAAAGGCCUGUCAAUAUCUGCGUCAAGGGAGUGUUUGAUCCCAAGAUGAUCGAAGCUCAGCCAUGGACCGUCAGUCUGGCUCAACGAGAAGCGGAGUUCUUCAGCAAAGUUGCCCCAAGCGUCACCCAUAUGAUCUUUCCAAGAGGCUGGUGGAGUGGAACAGAUGAGACGCAGGGAAUUGCAAUCAUGAACGAUCUUGUCAGCGAAGGUUGCACUUUUCCAGCUGAGGUUGCUUCAUACUCGGUUGACAACGUCAAGAAUGGUGUUGAGCAGCUGGCAGGUUUGCAUGCUCAGUACUGGGGCCAGAGUCAGGAGGACCAUCCAUGGAUCUGGAACAACUACGAUCCUGCCAUGACAUUCAUGUGCAGAUCGUGGAACGAAAUCGUUAGAAGGCCCGGGCGCCCCCAGCUUCCGGACUAUCUUAUGGACGGGGCUCGGUGUAACGAGGCCUUGGAUCGCUACUACGCUGAGCGAAACCCGCGUUUCCGAACCCUGCUGCACGGUGAUACUCAUAUCGGAAACAUCUACUUCACAGCUGAUAACCGCAUCGGCUUCCUAGACUGGUCAGCUUUCCACUUUGGUUCAUGCUUCCAUGAUGUCGUGUAUCACAUGACAGCUAUGCUCAGCGUGGAAAACCGCAGGGCCCGUGAGAUGGAGAUAUUAGAUCACUAUCUCGAGACACUUCAUAGCCUUGGAGGUUCCAAGUUUGACCGACAUAACGAUCCCGAGGUUAUGGUCGAGUACAAGCGAUCAUUCAUGACCAAUGUUAUUUGGCUCAUUUGCCCGGAUGGUCUCCAAAGCAAGGAGCGUGUCGCUGCUUUGUGCGAGCGAACUGUUGCCACUUUUGACGACCACAAGGUUAUCGACGUGAUUCUGGGUCAACCAAAACCGGUGGCAUAG